GAUUUCUAUUCUGAACCGCCAAUUCUUUCAAGUGUUCACUCACUCCACAGACGCCAUGAAACUCAACAAUCAUCCCCACCCCCACACCAAUGGCCACGCUCCUCCUUCCCAACCCCUUUGCCACUAAGCUCCCCGGCCCACGCUACUCUCACCCGCGGUUCACCUGCUCCUCCGUCACCGCCCAAUCGCGGUCCGCCAGGGAGCACCUCCUCGCCCUCAUCGCCGACCAGGACCGCGGCCUUCGCACCCAGAGCGACCCCGCGAAGCGCGCCGCAAUCGUGGAAACCAUCGACGCGAUGGCCGCCGCGCGCCGCGGAUCCGUCACCACCGGCGAUGCGCUGUCGGCCACGUGGCGGCUGCUGUGGACGACGGAGAAGGAGCAGCUCUUCAUCAUCGAGAAGGCUCCCUUGUUCGGAACCCGAGCCGGCGACGUGUUGCAGGUCAUAGAUGUUCGGGAAAGGACGCUCAACAACGUCAUCACUUUUCCUCCCGACGGCGUUUUCUUUGUUCGAUCCGGCAUUGAGGUCGCGUCGCCGCAGAGAGUCAAUUUCAGGUGAAUAGUUCAAAUUAUUUGUAGUAAUGAUAAUAACAAUAAUCGUAAAUGUUGCUUUCCUUUUGUGCAAUUGUAAUUAGAGUCUGUCUGGGUAUAAGUUUGAAUCACGAUCGUUUUUGAGGGCUUCUCUGCAUUAUUUUUAGCAAAGAUGAAAAACUCUUAAAAGGGUUUCUAAGUUAGUAUCCAAUCAUGCCCUUAGCUGAAUUUGAUUUUGGUGUUGUAUACUUUGUUGACAUCUACAAGAUAGAGUAUAUAAAUGGAAGAUAAAGGAAAAGAGUAUAUAAGUGGAAGAUAAAG